GGAAUAUACUAACGUUGCAGCUCAUUCGGGUCUACGAGUUUGUUCAUGUAUUGACUUUUAUUGCUUCCUUUUUUCUUAUUACAAGCUCUUCGCCAUUCCUAGCGAACCAUGGCUAUUGCACUGGCGGAAGUUGACAAGUAUGAUGUGUUGGAACGGAUAGGAUGCGGAUCAUUUGGGGUCAUUCGCAAAGUUAGACGCAAGUCUGAUGGCUAUAUCCUUUGUCGCAAAGAAAUCAACUAUGUCAAAAUGUCGCAAAAGGAGCGCGAACAACUCACGACGGAGUUCAAUAUCCUCAGUUCUCUGCGACACCCCAACAUCGUCGCAUACUACCACAGAGAGCACCUGAAAGCUUCCCAGGAUCUUUAUCUCUACAUGGAGUACUGUGGUGGUGGAGAUCUUGGAAUGGUGAUCAAGAACUUGAAAGCGACGGGUAAAUAUGCAGAAGAGGAGUUUGUUUGGCGGAUACUUUCUCAGCUCGUUACUGCGUUGUAUAGGUGUCACUACGGAGUGGACCCCCCAGAAGCGGGAUCCAAUGUUCUGGGGCCACCACCCAAUAAUAAGCCUUCGGGAUUGAAAGGGAAACAGGCCCAAAUGAUGAUUCUACAUCGUGAUCUAAAACCGGAAAAUAUUUUCCUCGGGGAGGAUCAGUCUGUCAAGUUGGGUGAUUUUGGGCUAUCGAAGCAAAUGGGAUCUCACGAUUUCGCUUCAACCUACGUUGGAACUCCCUUUUACAUGUCUCCAGAGAUCUGUGCCGCGGAAAAGUAUACGCUCUACUCUGAUAUCUGGGCGGUCGGCUGCAUCAUGUAUGAACUGUGCCAGAAGGAGCCUCCUUUCAACGCCCGGACUCAUAUCCAACUUAUCCAAAAAAUUCGAGAGGGAAAAUAUGCUCCUCUACCAAACAUGUAUUCUUCUGAGCUCAAAAGUGUGAUUGCGAGUUGCCUAAGAGUUAACCCAGACAACCGGCCUGACACAGCUUCAUUACUGAACAUGCCAGUUAUUCGCCUCAUGCGGAAGGAGAAAGAAGUCGUGGACUUGGGUAUUUCAUUGCGCAAACGGGAGGAAGCCGUGUCGCAGCGGUUGAAGGAGCUCGAACUCAACUACGCACGUCUCGACAAGGAGAAAGCAGCUAUGAAAAUUGACAUCGAGAGCAAGGUUCGCCGCGAGUGGGAAGUGAAGGCAAGGCUCGAGAUUGAUCGGCAGGUUCAAAUGGAGCUCGAGAGGCUUCGGAAGCGAUUUGAUGCGGAAGUCCAAGAAAGAAUUGCUGCAGAGAUGCAGAAACGCAGAAAGAGUGCAUCACCGUCGACCAUUGAUGAAGGCGAAACUACUUCGUCAGCGGAGCACUCUUGCCAGUCAUCUAUUGGAACUGGGACUGCAGACGACGAUUUCCCUUCCUCCACUGAUCUGAGUGAAAUCUCUCUUGAAUCCCCAACACCUGAGAGUAGUAAACCGUUAAGGAAAGCCACUCGUACACCAUUCAGCCGCUCGAAAACCACCUUUGAAUCUCCCAAUGAUAUCCAAAUGGCCGAACCAUCUCCUAUGUCAAUUGCUUCCUUAUCCCUUUCCCCACGCCGCACUGCUGGAAAUGGCCACUCCAAAAAUAUUUUUGCGGAGGGCGCAAGGUCCAAUCUCAAAUGGGACCCAAGCCUAGCCUAUAACUCGGAUGACGAAGAUGAUAUUCCCGAUGUGCCUUCUCCCACACGACCCAGAGUUAGGCCUGAUCCUAUAAAGGCCCCUGUGAGACCCUUGCUCCGGCAAAAUACAACUGCCAUGAUGCAAAAAUUAAGCACGCAACCUAGCCUAUUUCCCUCCAGGGGUUCAGGCCUACCCCAUCUCGCCACUGCAGCAUCACACAAUGAUCUUAGAAAUGCAGCUUCGGAAGCAAAAGUAAAAUCACCCCGUCGCUUAAUGAAGAUCUCAUCUUCCGCAAAUCUCGCUGGAGAGGGAGGAUCUCCCCGCAGGGCAGGGACCAAACCACCCACCUUCAAAGGAAACGCAGGCGGUGAGGAAAUGUUCAAAGCUGUUCUGCAGCGGAACAUGGGUGGUCGGACACUUGUCGAGCUUGCUCAAGCCAGGGCAGGUGGCAGGCCAGUCGAAGACACCGAGCGGAAUCCUGGAGAAUCCAGGAUUCCGACAACGGGGCUUUCUCCCCAUACACGUGUCGUUGACAGCAUGAGAACAGUCGAAAGAGAGCCCCCAGCAACCUGGGACCCGGAACGAGACGAGAUGCCCAGUCCAUUUUUGGCUAGGGGAGCCAAGGUCAUUCGAAACCUUAGAUAGAAAUCCCGUGCUUACGUAUUUGGACAUCGACGCCAUUAGCAUUGUCGUUGAAAAUCCGGGGUCAGGUUCCGUGCAGGCUCAUUAAGCCAUUUUUGCCUAUCUCACAAGCAGUGUGUUGGGUUAUUUUUGGAAAGACACAUCUCACCGUCCGGUCGAGGCUUUUCGAAUUCUUCGUC